CAACAAUAACACAAACUCAUACUCUACUGUCUACUAUUAGCUGUCGGGGUGUCUUUCUUUCUUUUCUUUUUUUUGUACACAGCUGUCAAAGUGGAGCUUUUUACCAUCAGCCUCGCCUGCCCUGUGUACGGAUUAAACCCCACAAAAGCCUGUAACUGUAUCGUCGGUCAGUCUGCAGUGUGCCAGGGUUCAGAAUAAAGAGUCUGUCUCUCAAACUGUUGGCACACUGGCAAUGGAGGUCUGAAGCGAUUACUGGAGCAGUGUGUGUUAGCGAGUGAAGUGGUGGCGGUGAAGCAGCAUGGCGUCUGACGCGAGCCACGUGUUGGAGGCUGCUUUAGAGCAAAUGGACGACAUCAUCGCAGGCUCUAAGGUGAUGGUGGAGUUCACUAACGGUUUGCCGGAUCUGGGUUCUCCUGUCAGCGUGGGUCCGCUGCAGGUGUUACAGUUAGCAGAGGAGCUGCGUUUGGCUCUGGAGCUUCAGGGUGGAGAAGGUCGGGACUCUCUGCGCUCAGAGCUGCCCUGUUCCACAGCACAGACCCUGCUGGAGUGGUUAGACAAAGGCAUGGUUAACCGCCAGCCCUGUUUGAACAAUGAGACAUAUCAAGAGCGCUUGGAGAGAUUAGAGGGGGACAAAGAGUCUCUGGUUCUACAGGUGAGUGUUCUGACGGAGCAGGUGGAGGCUCAGGGAGAGAAGAUCAGAGAUCUGGAAGCUUCUCUGGAGGAACAUCACCACAAACUUAUCUCCACCGAGGAAAUGCUCCAGCAGGAGCUACUGAACCGUACCUCGUUGGAGACUCAGAAGCUGGAUUUGAUGGAUGAGGUUUCGUAUCUGAAGCUGAAGCUGGUCAGUAUGGAGGAGAAUCACAACCAUACGGAUAAAGACGACAAGCAGCACAAAGCCGAGUGUGUGGUUAAUGUGAUCAGCGAGCUGCAGGCGCAGAUGCGCAAAUUCCAGCAGGAGAUCACUACACGCAUCCAGGAGCAGCGGGCUCUCGAGGGCCACCCGGAGAACACGGUUCUCGAUGUCCACGACGCGCGUUACGUUCUCGAUCGCGGUCCGGACGCUGACCUUUGCUCGUCAGAUUCGGAGGACUUCGGAGGCCACGCUUCUGGAGGAGACAACCAGGUUUUGGAGCACGAGCUGCGUGCUUUGAAGGCCAAAGUGGACGAUUUGGAGAAGGAGAAAUCUCAGUACGAGAGAAAGCUGAAAGCCACAAAGACAGAGAUCACGGAGCUUCAGCAGAUUUUGUCGUCCAAAGACGCAGAGAUCGAGAGUCUACAGAAUCAACUGCUGUCCAGAGGAAAUACCACCGGCGACGGCAUGGAACGAGAGGAAGUGUACAGGAGGAAAUUAAAAGACAAACAUCUGGAGAUGCAGAGGCUGAAAAUUGGGAUGGAGACACUUUUAGCUGCCAACGAUGAAAAGGAUCGUCACAUAGAAGAGCUCACAGCGCUGCUCAGCCAGUACAGGAAAUGUAAAGACAUGAUGGUGCUUUCUCAAGUGUGUGGCGAUCGCUUGCUCUGUGGCAGCAGUGAUGAGGAUCUCAGUGGGAGGAUGCGAGCUCAGCCCCAUAAGGCUCACUCGGACAUCGUCAGAUCCGACCUGCAGAUGUCAUCAUCUCGAGGGACACCUCAACUUUUACUGCCAUCAAUGUGUUUACAAAAUGAGCUGGAUUCCAGCUGUCGCAGUCUGCAGUCUCCUAUGGACUGCAACAGCUGGUACAGCGGACAAUGGUCGACGCUCAGGAUGCUGUCUUCCAGCCUAGAGGAGUUAAAGAGUGGAUCCAAACACAGGAACCGGCUCAUCUCGGACAGCAGUAAGUACCAGACCCUCCCAGGGAAGUUGUCUAGACCGGAGCAAAACGGAGAGAGGGAUCGGCGCUCAUCUCCGCUCCAGUUGUCGCCUGAUGAGAGUGAAGAGAGUGAGAUCAACCUGAAUCGCUGCAGGAGUGCCAGCGCCCCGGCGUUAGCACCACGUGGGAAACUCGAGCUUUUCACAGCUGCAAAGUCGGAGAAAGCAGACGAGUCCACGUUGUCGGAUAUAUCGCCCCUGUCGUCAGGCAUGGACUCGGGCCAGCAGUCGCCUGUUUCUCCUGAGAAUAGGAAGAAUCAAAAAGGCAUCAGGAAACUGUGGGGAAAGAUCAGAAGGACGCAGUCUGGCGGUCUGCCUGCAGAUGGUGUGGACGAUUUCAAGAGGGGAGGAGUGCGGUCCACAGCGGGUCCUCGGCUAGCAGGCGCGAGCAACAGAGAUUCAGCACGAGAUAUGAACAACACUCCCUUCUCAAAGUGGACAUGUGAUCAGGUGUGUGCCUGGCUGGAAGAUUAUGGGCUGGGACAGUACAUCCCCAUGGCCAGUCAGUGGGUGAGCAGUGGACAGAUUCUCCUCUCGGCUUCCCCGCAUGACUUCGAAAAGGAGCUGGGAAUGAAACACCCGCUGCACAGAAAGAAGCUACAGCUCGCCCUUCACUCCUUCACCACGCGGCAGAGUGAAAAAUCCGCAGAGCUCGACUACAUCUGGGUCACACGAUGGCUGGACGAUAUCGGUUUACCUCAGUAUAAAGACCAGUUCCAUGAAGGCCGUGUGGACGGGAGGAUGCUGCAGUACCUCACUGUGAACGACCUGCUGAUUCUUAAAGUGACAAGCCAGCUACAUCACCUCAGCAUUAAAUGUGCCAUCCAUGUGCUGUACGUGAACAAGUUCAACCCUAACUGCUUGAAGAGGAGACCAGGGGACGAGUCACAGAUGCUGACGUCACCCUCGGAUGUGGUGCAGUGGUCGAAUCACCGUGUGAUGGAGUGGCUUCGCUCAGUAGAUCUAGCUGAAUAUGCUCCCAACCUGAGGGGUAGCGGCGUGCACGGGGGUCUCAUCAUCCUUGAGCCGCGCUUUAACUCGGACACACUGGCGAUGCUUCUGAACAUCCCGCCCCAGAAGACCCUGCUGAGGAGACACCUCAACACCAACUUCAACUCUCUAGUGGGAGCUCAGUCUCAGCUGGAGAAACAGGAAUACAUGGAGUCUCAGAGCUACACACCUCUCUCCACUACAGCUAAAGUCCGGCCAAAGAAAAUCGGUUUCUCCAAUUUUAGCCAGCUCCGAAAGAAGCGCCCUGACGACCCUAGCAACUACAUCUGCCCUCUGGAGUCACCGAAGGUUCUGACACUGCUUAGCGAUUCCCAGCAGCCCAACGCGGGCGUGCAGGAGCGGGACCCUGAGAGGAGGGAACAGGUGGGGCCUGUACUGGGCUCGAACUAAACUAAUAACCCACCUCCCCCUGAGCUCAGCACCAACUUACCUUCCAUUCACUCAUUCCCUGAUCUCCUGAGCCACACCUCCUCAGUGCCAUCAUCUAAUCCCAACAUCCUCCACUCACCAACACGACGUGUUACCGAGUGACGAAGACAGACUCACUGUGAACUCUGAGCUUUCAUAAUUGUAUGAUUUACUGCGAUGAUCAUAUCACGUCACGUCAUCAUCUUCCAUUUUAUAACCCAUUUAAGAAUUUUGUGCUGUUUGGGGGGAAACAGGAUUGAUGACCUUGUGCAAUAUUUGUACAUGUAUUUAAUAUUUAUAGUGAGGAAUUUUAACAGGAAUCAAUUUUAGGGAUAAUUUUUAUAUCUUUUCCAUAUUCAAGGGGAUAUUUUUAUAGACAAUGGAUAUUGCAAAGAACAUUGUAUAUAUUUAUAAAUGGGUAAAAGAGAUGAAAUCUAUGAAAUAUAAUAAUCAAUAAACCUAAUCCAUCACUCACUGUA